UUUAAGAUGACUUAUGUUAAAAACUCACAGGUAGGCAUUGUAAGGGCUGCCUUUCAUAAGGGAUAUAGUCUGUUACUGCAUAGCAGAUCUUAUUAUUCUCCGAUGGGGGCGGGGGGGAAAGUACUUUGAUUCCCUCCAUUGCUACUGCCUGUGAACUGUUUUAGGGAGCCAAAUCAGCAGGAAACCAGCUAUGAGAGAAAAACAGCUGCUUUUUAAAAGUUGUUUUAAGAGUCUUUAUUUCCUUGAAUCAGUUUAUUGCAGAAAAACAGUAUUGUUCUACCCCCACCUCAACACAGAAAACCACCCGUUUUGGAAGCACUGCCCUGAUUAAUUUUUCCUGCAUCUUUGAACUAUGUUGUUGCUUUACUUAAAAAUAGAUACUGAAGUAUGGGAAAUGAAACAAUUGGUGCUAUUUUUAUUUGCUCUCCAGACUAGUGAACUAUAGAAUGUUAUAACAGGGCACUUAUUCUCUGAAUCUGAGUAAAAAUAUUGAUGCUUGAUGGUUUUCCCCCUUAACAAAAUUUGUUUUAAAUUUUUUAUCCUACAAAUUUAAAUGGAUUCUCCUACAAUUUUUUUUCUAUGUAAUCCUUUUGUGGCCUAUGUGGUAUUCUAUUCUGGAAUCAGGUAGCGUUUUCCUACUUGAUUCAGUGUACCAGUCAAACAAGGAGCAUUUCUGCUACACAAUAUAAUUUGUAUAACUGCAUUAAUUUGUGUGCUAUGGCUUUGUGAACUGUCCAGACAGUAGCUAGUAGAAUUUUAAUUCUGUUAAUAGUGUAACUUACCCUGUCAGGUUUCUAUUUACCUUCCUUUACCCCAAGAUAAUAAGAGUACUUCAGGUUUGCAAUAUGUUUUCCAUGUGACACAGUGGUGACAACAAAGACAAAUUCAGUGAUGUCAUCACUCUUGGCAGUGGCUGUGGACAUUUUUUCCUUCCAUGCUGAAAGAAAAAUACAUGCAGUGUAUUGGGUUUAUGUGGCGAGGUUUCAACAGCAAGAAGGCUGCAGGAGUGGCUUCUGUGAGAAGAUGCCAGAAGCUGCCCCCAUGUCAGACAGAGCCAAUUCUAGCCAGCUCCAAGAUGGAACUGCCACUGACCAAAGCCCAUUGGUGAUGUUAAUAAGAAAUGGUAAAAAAAAACACUGCACAACAGGAGUGAAGAGAGCUGAGAGGGAAUAUGUGGGAGUGACAACUAUUCAGACACCAAGGCCAGUGAAGUAGGAGGGGGAGGAUGUCCUCCAGGCACUGGAGCAGAGAUUCCACUGCAGCUUGUGGUGAAGACUAUAGGAUGCAAGUUGUCACCCUGAAGCUCAUGGAGAUAAUCAUGCUGCAACUUUUGGAGGGCCCCAUGCCAGAGCAGGUAGAUGUGCCCUGAAGGAAGCUGUGACCUGUGGAGAGCACAUGCUGGAGCAGGCUCCUGGCAGGAACUGUUGCAUGUAGAGAGGAGGCCAUGCUGGAGCAGGUUGCUGUUCCUGAAGGGCUAUACCCCAUGGAAAGGACCCAUACUGGAGCAGUACUUGAAGAACUGCAGCCCGUAGGAAGUACCCUGUAUUGGAUAAGGCCAUGAAUGACUGUUCUGAACCCUGCACUGAAGAGGAGGGAGGAGUGGCACAUAAUCACAACCCCCCAUUUUCUGACCCCCUGGGCUGCUCAGGGUGAAGAGGCAGAGAAGUUGGGAAUGAAGUCAAGCCUGGGAAGAAAGGGAGGGAUGGAGGGAAGGUUCUUAGAUCUCUCAUUAUCCUACUCUAUAAUUGACAUUAAAUUAUUUUCCAUAAGUCAAGUCUGUUUUGCCCAUGAUGGUACCUGCCGAGUGAUCUUCCAGUCAUUUUCUCAACUCACAAGCUUCUUAAUCUUAUUUUUUUCCUCUUGGCCUGUUCAAGAGGAGUCAGAGUUUGGUGGGCACCUAGUAGCUAGCCAAGGUCAACCCACCACAUGAAGUCAAUGAGAACUGCAGUUUCUCUGAUUUCAUAUACAAAUUUUAAAGUAUUUGCAAAAUUGGAUGCACUUUGCUCUUAAAUCACAGCAAUGUGAAAGCAUGCCUUAAUAUCUGUGUCAAUUGACAAUAUUUAUUAUCUGCAUCCUGAUUUCAAUAGCUGACAUUCUUAAUUAGGUACCUUAAUUAGCUGUGUCUUUUAGUGAACUUAUGGCAACCAGAAAUAAGCAGCAUUCCGCCUAUCUAAGAAAUAAUUCUGGGAGCCUUUGGGAGGUGAGAGGUUAAGUGAUAACUGCUUUGCAAAAAAAUUUUUUUUUUAAAUCCUGUGUAUAUUCUGGGAAAAAUCUGUUUCUGGAAGAAAUUAAACUUGUUCUGGUUCUUUCCUUCUGACAAGGGGCACACAAGUUUGAAACUUUUUAAAAUGAAAAGCAUCUUCCUAGAAGCUUACUUUUUGAAGAGAAUAAAAUCUUUCAGCAGAUUUCCUCAGUCUUGAAGAAUGGGAAGCUUAUGUGUUUAUCUUCUAGCUUGAGAAAUGGAAGUUUAGAACAUCUUGAAAAUACGUCAGAACUUUGCUUUGUUACCAGUAGAGCUGUCCUAACAGAAACUUACCAGGACAUUAAAGAUGAGCAACCCAAUAGAUUGCUGUGAUUCAGUAGUGACCAGUCCUAUCUCUGUCCCCCUUUACUGACUUUCUUGCUUUGUGGAAUGUGUGCUGAGGACUUGUACAAACUGAUUUAUUUUGCCUGUGAAGAAUGAGAAGCAGUCAAUCCAUGGGGGAAAAACAGUUAAAAGAAUUAAAAGGGGGAAGUACAGGAGGCAGGCUGUUUCUGCAGCGUCAGUGAGUUGAAGUGGCUCUUUUAGGGGCCUAGCAAGCAGCAAAGCUGGUUCUAGGAAGCAGGAACUUUGGGAAAUGGGCAUAUAAGGAGCCUUCAGCCCUUUCAGCAUUUCCACAGUUGACUGUGCUUAUGGCAUAGGUGUUAUGAUCGCAGAGAAAAGUAGAUUUCAGAUGUGAUUCAAAGACUGAACCACAGGAGCCUAGUCUCUUCUAAGCAAUAACAUCCAUUUCAUAGAGUUGAAACAGUUUAUAUUAAGUUGUUUAAGGCUGGUAUAGAAGGUGUGAGAUAGAUUAAUGCAUAAACUAAAAAGUGUUAUAUCUAAUUUGAAAGAGAAGCAACAAAUUAUGUAGCCAGUCUUAAAGAGGACCCCUUUAUAAUUUCAAAAUAUCUGUUUUUAAAAAGAGUGCAAAGUUACUAGAAUUUAAACUUAUUUGCUACAUCCUAUGUACAAUUACUGCAAGUUCUUUUUUACAUUAAGUCAAUCUUUAGCGACUAUGCUUAUGGUUAACUUGCUUAAGAUCUAAUAUGUACUUGAUGCACAAAAUUGGCUUUCUUAAUAGUAGAUCUUUGGAGUAGGUUAAUACUACUUGUUACUAAUGUAUACUGCUCUGCUUAAUGGAAGUAUUUUAAAGUGAAUUGAUUUGGUGGAAAGAAAACUUUACAUGCAUUUGUUAUUAGGCAGACAUGGGAUGUUUUAGUAAUUUAAUCCUGACCACUUCACUAAGCAUGCUGUUUGUUGCUGACGGAAAUCCUCCAGCUUAAUUCUCUUUAGGAAGUUCUGUGACUGUCAUGUAGUUUGGCUGUGUCAUGUGCAUCCUUCACACUGCAUGAAGCCUUAAUGACUUAUUUCAAGACUAAUCCGAUACUGGUAAGAAACAGGAUUUGAGGUCUUACACAAAGCAGUGAGGAAGCAACUGUCUGUUUCCUGUUGCAAUUCUUGAUAUGUGAAGAAUCAACGAAGGGGAAUGACUUGAUAUUGCUUAACCAUGAGUGAACAAGAUUAUGAAGAAAGUGGGACAACUCCAAGAGAUGGAAUUGCCAAGGAAAGUAGUCCAUUUAUUAACAUUGCUGAGAUGGACAGAGGAAACAUGUAUGAAGGAAAGAAUAUGGCUCUCUUUGAGGAGGAAAUGGAUAGUAAUCCCAUGGUGUCAUCUCUUCUUAAUAAACUAGCAAACUACACUAAUUUGACUCAGGGUGUGGUGGAACAUGAAGCAGAUGAAGACAGCAAGCGAAAGGAAGUCAAGGUUCCACGUAUGGGCACUUUUAUUGGUGUGUACCUGCCCUGCUUGCAGAACAUCUUGGGAGUUAUCCUUUUCCUACGUUUAACAUGGAUUGUGGGUACAGCUGGAGUUCUUGAGUCUUUCAUCAUUGUGUUCAUGUGUUGUGCUUGCACUAUGCUGACUGCAAUCUCAAUGAGUGCAAUAGCAACAAAUGGUGUAGUUCCAGCUGGAGGCUCUUACUACAUGAUUUCAAGGUCUUUAGGACCAGAGUUUGGUGGAGCAGUGGGACUUUGUUUCUACUUGGGUACAACCUUUGCAGGAGCAAUGUACAUUCUCGGUACCAUUGAAAUUUUAUUGACCUACAUUUCUCCAAGUGCUGCUAUAUUUAAAGCGGAAGAGGUUGGUGAAGAAACAAAGGCUAUGCUGAACAACAUGCGAGUUUAUGGAACAUGCAUUAUCCUUCUGAUGGCCAUAGUAGUUUUUGUGGGAGUGAAGUAUGUCAACAAACUUGCAUUGGUCUUCCUUGCCUGUGUGAUUCUUUCCAUCAUUGCCAUAUAUGCUGGAGUAAUUAAGACUGCUUUUGACCCACCUGACUUUCCUAUCUGUCUCCUUGGAAACCGUACGUUAUCUAAACGCAGCUUUGAUGUCUGUGCCAAAUUUACUGAAAGCAAUAAUGAAACAAAGACUACAACUUUGUGGCGCCUAUUCUGUGACAGUUCUCUGUUUAAUGCAACAUGUGACGACUACUUUAGUCUCAAUAACGUAACAGAAAUUCAAGGGAUUCCAGGAAUAAUGAGUGGAGUUCUAACUGAUAAUCUGUGGAGUGCCUACUCAGAAAAAGGAUCAAUACUUGAGAAAAAAAAUCAGGCAUCAGUUGCUGGAUCAGAAGAGACAAAAAUAGGUGGACUCCCUUAUGUUUUUACAGACAUCAUGACCUACUUCACAAUGCUUGUAGGGAUUUAUUUCCCAUCUGUGACAGGUAUUAUGGCAGGUUCAAACAGAUCUGGAGAUCUUAAGGAUGCUCAGAAAUCUAUUCCUACUGGAACAAUUUUGGCUAUUUCAACUACAUCUCUUAUUUAUCUCUCCUGUAUAGUGUUGUUUGGUGCCUGUAUAGAAGGUGUGGUAUUAAGAGAUAAGUUUGGAGAAGCAGUUAAUGGAAAUCUAGUGGUUGCUACACUGGCCUGGCCUUCACCAUGGGUUAUUGUGAUUGGUUCAUUCUUUUCAACGUGUGGUGCUGGUCUCCAGAGUCUCACUGGUGCACCCCGUCUGUUGCAGGCCAUUGCAAGAGAUGGCAUUGUACCGUUCAUUCAAGUAUUUGGUCAUGGAAAAGCAAAUGGAGAACCAACUUGGGCUCUGCUUCUCACUGCUGGUAUUUGUGAAAUAGGAAUUUUGAUAGCCUCCUUGGACAGUGUAGCACCAAUUCUUUCAAUGUUUUUCCUUAUGUGCUAUAUGUUUGUAAAUCUGGCUUGUGCGGUUCAGACACUUUUACGGACUCCCAACUGGAGACCUCGUUUCAAAUAUUACCAUUGGACACUAUCAUUCCUGGGGAUGAGUUUAUGUCUUGCCUUGAUGUUCAUAUGCUCUUGGUACUAUGCUUUGAUUGCCAUGCUAAUCGCAGGAUGUAUAUACAAAUACAUAGAAUAUAGAGGAGCGGAGAAAGAAUGGGGUGAUGGCAUCCGAGGACUGUCUCUAAAUGCAGCUCGUUAUGCUUUGCUUCGUGUUGAAGAUGGUCCUCCUCACACCAAGAACUGGAGACCCCAACUUUUGGUCUUAUUAAACUUGGAUAAUGAGCAAUUGGUGAAACAUCCUAGAUUACUUUCUUUCACCUCUCAGCUGAAGGCUGGUAAAGGACUGACUAUUGUGGGCUCUGUGCUUCAGGGAGUCUACUUGGAUAAAUGUACAGAAACUCAGAAAGCUGAAGAGAAUGUUAAGGCCUUAAUGGGAGUAGAAAAGACUAAAGGAUUUUGCCAGAUUGUGGUGUCUCCCAAUUUCAGAGAUGGAAUAUCCUAUUUAAUUCAGUCAGCUGGUCUAGGAGGGAUGAAGCACAACACAGUCCUGAUGGCAUGGCCACAGUCAUGGAAGCAGACAGAAAAUCGUUUCUCGUGGAAAAAUUUUGUUGACACUGUACGAGAAACAACAGCAGCUCAGCAAGCGCUGCUGGUGGCUAAAAACAUAGACUUAUUUCCAACAAAUCAAGAACGUUUUACUGAAGGAAACAUAGAUGUAUGGUGGAUUGUUCAUGAUGGUGGCAUGCUGAUGUUACUGCCUUUUCUUCUUCGACAGCACAAGGUUUGGAGAAAAUGUAAAAUGCGUAUCUUCACUGUCGCUCAAAUGGAUGAUAAUAGCAUUCAAAUGAAGAAGGAUCUUCAGAUGUUCUUGUAUCAUCUUAGACUGAAUGCUGAAGUGGAAGUUGUUGAAAUGUUUGAAAACGAUAUUUCUGCAUUCACAUAUGAGAAGACUCUUAUGAUGGAACAACGAUCUCAGAUGCUAAAACAGAUGCAGCUAUCAAAGAAUGAAAGGGAAAGAGAGGCUCAGCUGAUCCAUGACAGAAACACUGCUUCGCACUCAACUCCAGCAGUCAAAUCAAGCGUGGCUGCUGCUAUGCCGGAAAAAGUGCAAAUGACUUGGACUAAAGAAAAGUUUGUAGCUGAAAAGCAUAAAAACAAAGAUUUGAAUGUGUCUGGCUUUAAAGAUAUUUUUAACAUGAAGCCGAAUCAGACAAAUGUGAGAAGAAUGCACACCGCUGUGAAACUCAAUGGAGUAGUGCUUGAUAAAUCACAGCAUGCUCAGCUAGUUCUCUUGAAUAUGCCUGGACCUCCUAAAAACAGAAAAGGAGAUGAAAACUACAUGGAGUUUUUGGAAGUUCUGACAGAAGGUCUGGAUAGAGUUCUCCUGGUCCGAGGCAGUGGACGUGAAGUGAUAACCAUUUAUUCUUAACUUGAUUGCACAUUUUGUUCAAACUUCCCUCCCAAAUGAGAAAACAAACUUAUUUGCCAUAAUUUGAGCAGCUUCAUAAGAGUUCCGGUGCAUUAAAAAUUACCCAUAAGCUGAAUCUUCUGAUAAUGUGUUCUGGUUUUUCUGUUUAAAAAUUAUAUUUAAAUUAUAUUUUAAGAGGAUAAAUUGAUGUAGAAAAUAUUUCUGUAGUCAAUUGGUAAAUGGUGAAUGGGUUAGGAUGUUUAUAUGUAGCAUAUUCUGACAGUUGUUAAACUGGUGAAACACAGAAAAAUGGUAAGGCAGUGGUAUUUUUAAAUAUCUAGAAAUGUAAGCAACUUUUGAUUAUUUUAAUUUUUGUUCUGCAUCUAAAUAAAAGGGAAAGGUUUUAGAAAAAGUUGGCUUCCUCCCUUACCAAAAUGCUGCUAUGUUGGUUGUGUUGGGAUUAGUCAUGGUUCAGGAAACUUCAGAAAUAUGUAUGCCCACUCAAAUUUGUCUAUUACAUGCAUAAAGUGUUUCCUUGAAGUUCAUAAUUUGCUACACUUUUUUAAAAAUCACAUUUCUCUAUUUAAAAUACUUUGUUAGCUGAAGCCUCCAGGUGACAGUAACAGUAAAUUGACAAGUUGUGUUUUGUUUUGUUUUUGUUUUGUUUUGUUUUGGUUUUUUUUUAUGAGCUACUAGCAGUUAUAGUAUAUUGCAGUUAUACCAGUGAAACCUGAGAGCACCCAACUCAUAAAAGGCUAUGAUGCAGUUGCUCCACCUGGUUGCAAAUAUAACUGUAACAAUUGGUAAACCACAAGUUAGUUGAUGAAAUGCAGUCUGUUUUCAAAUAUGUGUAUUUUGAAAGUGUUUGUGCUGCUGUUAAAUAAAAUCUGCUUUUCUGAACUGAA